AUGGGGAAACAGGUCCCGAAGAUGUCGGCUCGUGUUGUCAACGCCAUCAGAAGUCUGAGCGAGGCUCAGGGCUCCACAUCGAAGGAGAUCAUGAGCUACAUCAUGGCUCAGUAUAGCGCUCCCGAGACGUCUAUACAGAGACAGAUGCAGGCAGCCCUGAAGCGCGGCCUGGACUACGGCAUCCUGAAGAAGAACAACGGCCACUACUUCCUGAACGCGGAGGCCGACGUACCGCAGCUCGCGUCGAACCUGGCGCCAGUCGAGAGAUCCAGACGAAGACGAGGAAGAAGGCGAAGCAGGAGGAGAAGCAGACGCCGAAAGGGUCGACGACGCAGCCGCGGAAGGAGGCGUAGGAGAAGUCGCAGAUCCCGUAGGAGGAGGAGCAGAGGGAGAACCGCGAGGACGAAACGGAUGGGUUGCACCAGGUGCAGGUGCACCAAGAGGACCAGGGACAUGCAGCCCUUGAGUCACGAUACGAUGGAACCACAACUCCGUGAGGACGACAUGUGCGUCUGCGACAAGGAAAGCGACGCCGAGCGCCGUAGCAGGCAAAGCAAAAGCAGGGAACGCAGCCAGAGUCGCAGUCGAUCAUCGGGCAACAGCGAUCGAGAUGGCGCGAUGGACGAUCGACGGGAGAUCCCUGAUCAAGAUUAA